ACGCGCAACAUCACAUGAUCGCGCCCCUCUUUCGCUCGCUCCUGAGGGAUGAGGCACCGUUACACCCUCGGAUCCUAUUCGACCACUCUGGUGAACGUCCUCGACUGAGGGCACGCAAGUCCAUGAAGGAUAUCCCGUCGUUCGUGAGCGCUAUUGGCCCGUGACUGGCUGCGCAAAACAGAAGUGACACGACUGGUCACUCAUCAAUCGUUCUUUUCAGCCCAAACAGUAUCGGGAAUGCCCGCAUUCUCCCAUCCAGUCGACGCGCAAGGCAUCGCCUCCGACUGGCUGCAGGCGUUCUCCACUGCCCUCGGCGCCGCCGACAUCCCGCGUGUCGCUGAGUGUUUUCACCCAGAGGGCUGGCUCCGCGAUGUUCUCGUUUUCACCUGGCUCAAUCGCACUCUCCGCGGACGCGCCCGUAUAUCGACCUUCUUGUCCACUGCCCGCACACCGCUCACUUCUGUUGUGCGACCGGCACUCGACACCCGCACGCACAUGAGUCCUACAUUCGGUCCGAUCACACCGCUGGUCGAAGGCGUGUCAUCUGGAUUCAGGUUCGAGACGGCGUUAGGGCACGUUCAGGGAUACGUUUCGCUGACACCGGGUGAGGAUGGCGUUUGGAGAGCGUUGAUGGUCUUUGUGCACCUCGAAGACAUCCGCGGACAUGAGGAGAGUGGGCCGGAGAGCGGUAUCUAUGGCGGUCACACAGUGUCGUGGGGUGAGGUGCGGGCUGGACGGAAAGCGGAUAUCGAGCGUGACCCGCAUGUGCUUAUCGUGGGUGCCGGGCAGACUGGUCUGAACGUCGCUGCUCGUUUCAAGCAAAUGGGCAUACGGACUCUGAUCAUCGAGAAAACGGCGCGGGUCGGCGAUGUGUGGAGGAAGCGGUAUCCUAUGCUCACUUUGCACACCAUCAAGUGCCAUCAUGAAAUGCUAUAUCAGUCCUACCCUUCAAAUUGGCCAACCUACACUCCACGCGACAAGCUGGCAGAUUGGCUUGAGCAAUACGCUGUCACGCAAGACUUAGUCGUCUGGACCAGCUCUCAGCUUCUGCCGGUGCCCAGAUACGAUGCAGACAGCAGGAAGUGGAACUUAGUCAUCGACCGUGCCGGCAAGCAUGUUCCACUACGUCCUGCGCAUAUCGUCAUAGCAGGAGGCACCUUCGGAAAACCUCGCACGCCUGAUGUCCCCGACUCAUCCAUUUUCACCGGUUCAAUCACCCAUUCCUCCUCGUACUCGGGCGGGGCCUCAUAUGCCGGUAAACGCGUCCUUGUUGUCGGUGCAGGCAACAGCGCAGCAGACAUCUGUCAAGAUCUGCACGCGCAUGGCGCCCAAGCGACAAUGCUCCAGCGGUCUUCCAGCUGUGUAGUGUCUCAGUCUAGCGCGCGGAAGCGUCAAAGCCUUGCGUUCCCUGCGGAUGUGCCCAUACAGAUUAACGACUUCAAAACACAGGCCAUGCCGUACCUCAUGCUUCGCGAAGUGAGCAGCUCGCUCACGCAGUCAUUCUGGGAUGCCGAGAAGGAGCUCCAUGAAGGUCUGAGAGAAGCCGGACUGAGUCUUACCAUGGGCAAAGACGGAAGUGGGCAGUUUGCCAUGAUCUAUGAGCGAUUUGGAGGAUAUUGGAUCGAUCUCGGGACCGCCAAACUCAUUCGGGACCGCCAAGUCCUCGUCAAGCACGGUGUCGAACUCGCUCGAUUCAAGCUCAACGGUGUAGUUUACAGCGACGGCACAGAAGCCGAGGUCGAUGCCGUCGUUUACGCCACGUCGUUUGAGAGUAUCCGAGACACCAUGCGUCCGAUCUUUGGCGACGAUGUCAUCAGCCAGACGAGCCCUGUCUGGGGUGUCGAUGAGGAAGGAGAACUGCAUGGGUGUUAUCGGCCAUCUGGCUAUCCGGGACUAUGGUUUGCUGCCGGGGACUUUACCCUUUCGCGGUUUUGUUCCAAACAGUUGGCCAUUCAGAUCAGGGCCCUAGAGUUGGGAAUCCUGUAAUCCAUGUUACUCGACCUGGUGCAGAUAGAGUGUCGUGUUGGUUGUCAUGUCAAUCUGUGAUCCCAGAGGGGCAAGGUCAUUGGCAGGUGCGGGCGGUGAUUGGUUAUGUUAUCAGGCGGUGCUUUCAAAGCGCUAUACUUGGCGGCAAAGGAACCGUGAAAGGAACACCGCUCAGAAAUGAUUUGACACAUUCAUCAUGCAUCACGCCGCCUUUGAGCUUUCGUUGUCCAUACCACCAGGGCAGUCCCGCCUGGGCUUCAGUGUUUAAAAGCACGACGCUAGCUGUUUAUCAUGACACUCAAACAUGCCUUUCUUCACCCUCCAAAGCGGUCUUACUUUCAGCUACACCGACAGCGGGAUCCCCCAUUCCGACCAGACAGACUAUGUCACGCUCUUCCUCAUCCAUGGGAUCAUGUUCCACAACGGGACAUUUGCGUCGCUCGCGGCGAUCGGCCCUUCAAACGGGGUUCGCGUAAUCGCCGUGAAUCGCCGUGGAUACCCAGGAACGACCCCCUACUCAGCAGAAGAGCUGACGCUGUUCGUCAGCGGGAACGGGGAUGAUAAGGAGCGGCUGCUAGCGGAAAUGGGGCAGCAUCUGGCCUUGCUGAUCGCUGGGCUGAUCACCUCGCUCUCCCUCCCGGCUCACAUUGCGGUCGCUGGGUGGUCGCUCGGAGCUCUGAAAGUGCUCUCGAUUGCGGCCUCGAUAGACACGUUGCCAGAAGACGCCCGUCAGACUCUCACCAGCUCGGUCCGCAGUAUGAUCCUCCUCCGUGAGUUCUUCCAACCAGAGACAGAAGGUGGCCUAAGCGUGAUCUCUGCAGAGGGCCCCAGCAUCGUGUAUGCGGUCCCCGAUCCCGAGGGAUUCUAUGUGCCACAAAGCGAUCCGGCGAUCUCCCCUGCCGAGCUGGGUCCCUUCUUCGCGCGUUGGGUUUCCAGCUUCUUUGUGCACGGGGACCUGUCAAAGCACGAGCUCAGCAGUCUCACAUACGACCGCACGGAUCCAGACCGCUCACCAUCCAUCGUCCGUCUGCCGAUGGACCACCUCGUCGAUUUCGAGGCGGCGUCGAAGUACGAUGAUAUCGUCGUCUCCCCGAGCUUCAGCGCGGCCACGGCGAAGCAGCUCGACAAAGCCUUGUUCGACGUGCACAUCCGUGGCAACCUGUGGAAGAACACCAAGUUCUUCUGCGUGGUUACGUCCGCGGAUUCGUGGAAUACGAUGUACGGCGCAUGGAAGCUGGAGGAGCGGAUGCGUGCCGAGGCGAAGCCCGAAUGCGAGAUCACAUUCAAGGUGGUCAAAGGCGCGAAUCAUUUCGUGAGUGCCCUCAGUUACGACACGUGCGUCGGUUUCUCACAGCAGCACAGUUCGUGAUGGAGGAUGCGCAGGGGGCAAUGGAUUGCUUCAAGACAUGCUUCGUGUAGAUUUCUAUGACUCCCACUAGUCAUUCGAUCGUAAAAUAAAACUCUGUACCUCUUCACUGAGAUUGGCACAGAUUCGAG